UAUUCGACUGCGUGGAUCCUGAUAUCAGGGAAAGUUCCGAAAAAAAGUAAACAUUGUCACGUGACUGAACCCCGAAUUUCCGGUACUUGUUCUUGAUUAGACUUCAGGCACCUAGGACCUCUUACUGUUAUCUGGACAAAUAUGGCGUCCCAUCCACUCCAACCUAAUGGAUGGACCGAAAACAAGCCUAUAGGAACACCCCGAACUCAUCACACACAUUCAUAUUCAAGCGCGCACGCAUUCACACAUACUCACACAUGCACAGUGCACACCCUCGCACACACAUCCAUUGUGGGGAGUAAAGACGGAGCGCCAAUUAACAGUGAGGGAAACAUUUAAUUUUAUCACCGGGCGUGGCUUUGCUAACAUGGACCAAAGGGCGGAACUGCUGAAAACCAAAUGGGUUUAAGGCACCUUAAGUAAGAUUAUGCCACAGUCAGUAUUGACAACAUCGGCGUAUUAAGUCUGCAGUUCAACAGCCCUGUAGACCUACUCCCAGGAUGUCAAACUCGGAUCGAGUUGUUCUAGCUCUCGGGGGAGCAGGGACGGUGGGGUCAGGAAUAGUUAAGGCAUUGCUGGAUAAAGGUUUCAAAGUAGCCGUGAUCUCCAGGGACCACAGCCGACUUGAGAGGCUGAGGUCGUUUGUCUCGGCCAGUAGAAAGGAUAACCUCACCACCAUAGUUGGAGAUGUGGGGACGGAGGAGGGAGUGGAGGCAGCCAAACAGUCCGUGCUGAAAGCUGUGGGGAAGGUGACAGACAUCAUCUCGUCACUGGGCUUUAGCUGGUGGCAGGGGGGUCCGCCACACACACAGUCCCUCAAAGAUCUCCAAUGGGUCAUCGAGACGUUGCUGCUCAGCACCUUUGUGUCGUGGAAGGCCUUCUUCCCCUUAGUGAGGGACGACCCGAAAUGUAGCUACACCUUCAUCACAGGGGGAGCUGGUGAGAAGGUGCUAAUGCCAGGGACAGGCUUCCUGACCCUGGGAGCGGCCAGCACUUUGUCUUUCUGCCAGGUGCUACGAGAGGAGUACCCUGAAGUUGCCUGCAAACUUAACCAGGUGAAGAUCAACACGGGCGUGGCCCCUCCAGAGCGCAUGGCCCCUGGCUUCCUGAACCACCUGGAGCUGGGUGAGGGCGUGGCCGUCCUGAUGGAGAGAUGCACCACUAGCCACUCGGUGUUCACCAUCGGCUGCCCGGCUGACCUAAAGACUGUGCUGCUCGAGGGGGACUUCUAGAUGAAGCUGCUCAGACACAUAGAUCCUCCCCCUGUGUGCCCCCUCUGUGUUGCCACGGACAGGGGUAGGGCAGGGUUUGCCCCACUUAAGAGCUCCCCCCCCAACACACAAGCACAGUUUUCCAUCCACAUUAAUGUACGCAUAAAAGCAUGAAUUCUA